AUGGAUUACUAUCAAAUUGUAACUAUUGAAGACAUUGAUGCAAGUGAAAGUUUAGUAUGUGUAGAUGAUAUUGUUGAUUUGGAGAAAAACAUGAAUGAAUUUAGAGAAGAUGAUCUGAGUGAAAUCAUGGCAAUUCAAGAUGGUGAAUGCGGGGAAGAUAAUGCAUAUGAAAUUGUGGGACAUGUUGAUACUGAAUUAAUGAAGACCCCUAUUUUAACUAGAGUUUUUGAGACAUCAAAAGAAGCGUAUGCUUUUUAUAAUGCUUACGCAAAAGGUAAGGGGUUCGGAAUACGUAAGCAAUACCAUAACAAGAAUGCAAUUACCAAACAAGUAUAUAGGUGGAAUUAUGUGUGCUCAAAGCAAGGUGUCAAGAGACUAGAUGAUAAAAGAGUUGAUGUUGACAAUGUCAAAAGGCGAAGGGAUUCAAGGACUAAUUGUUUGGCGAUGUUACAAGUAAAGUUGGUGGAUGGCCUAUGGAAAGUGAAGAAAUUCAAUGAUACACACAAUCAUCCAUUGAUUAACACUCCAAUAAAGGUGAAGAAGUUUCUUUCUCAGAAUGAAUUUAGACGCUCGGAUUUGACAAAAUCUGUUGUUUCUAAGCUUUAUCAAGAGGGUUUAACAUCUUCAAAAAUCUCAAAGGUUGUGAGUGCUAUGGACAAAGAGGUGAACCUUACUCCUGUUCAAAUAAACAAUAUUAUAUCUAGCCAACGGAGGAAUAAUGUGGGGCGAGAAUGUCAGGGAAUCAUCAAACACUUUCAGAGGAAGUUCAUGGUUGAUGGAGCUUUUUAUUUUGAUAUGCAUUUGGCAGAAGAUGGAACGCUAAGAAGCAUAUUCUGGGCAGAUGGUAGGUCAAGAGCUGCAUACGCUUAUUUUGGUGAAGUCCUUGUAUUUGACGUGACUUACAAAACAAACAAAUUCAAGUUUCCUUUUGUCCCCUUUUGUGGGGGUUAA